GUCAUGUUAGCCGCGAACUGAGCGGCCACCUGAUCUCGUGUCGCGAGACUUGCAUGCUGGACGAAACCCUGGACGUCGGGGCGGCGCCCUACUACAACGAGCGCGUGCACGGGAGCAGCGUCGGGUCGGGCCUGAGGACUGAACAGGGCAGGGAAACACACUCGGUCAAGAGCUCCGCCUCAUGCUUCCGACCUGACCACGGAAAGGAGCUCUCGACCAAAAGUAUAACAACAUCCGACGAAGAAGCGAAGAAGCCUUCGCCAACCGAAACACCGGCGAAAAAACGCCGCAUUGCGUUCACACUGAGACCACGUGAGAGCAGUUCCGUGCAGUCCAAGAAAGGGAGCACCACCUGGAGAUCUUGGCUAUCGCCAACGGACGACACCUCCACUCUGGAUCUUUUGCGGCCAUCAUACAAAGAGGGUGCUGUGGAGACAUUCUUCAGGUUCUUCUACGUCGUCUUGUUUCUCGGAUUCGGGACCCUGGUCGUGACGAUAUUGUGGAUGAAGCUUUAUAGGCGAACCGAGUUUACGCUCGAAACCUACUUUGGAAGGUUUCAAGGCAGAGUCGAGACCUUGGAAGGCGAAAGCGUGUACGCGUUUCUGGGCGUUCCUUUCGGCGAACUGAAGGGUUCCCGCUUCGCCAGGGCAGCCGCCUAUGUGCCCCCGAUGAACGGAACCGUUCCCCAUCACCCCGGUGUCAGGUGUCCUCAGCCCAAGGCAGAAGCGCCCUUAAACUACACGGACCAACUGCGCCAGGAAAACUGCCUGUACCUGAACAUCUGGUCGCCGGCGUCCGGUUGCCACAUCAGCGUCGAGCCGUGCUCCGGGGUGCGAACCGUGCUGCUCUUCCUCUUCAGCCUGGGCUUCUCCCGAGGCGGUGGGGACUGGUACGACGGCAGCGCCUUCGCCGCCGUCGGAGGCGUCGUAGUGGUGGCGCCCAACUACCGCCUCGGACUGCUCGCCUUCGGCGUGCCUGAACGAGCCGACCACCACGUGUCGCCGGACCUGCUGGCCCUGGACGACCAGCUGCUGGCCCUGCAGUGGGUUCGGGACCACAUAGGGCCCUUCGGCGGCAACGGCAGCGAUGUGGUCCUCAUGGGCGCCGGCGGGGGCGCCUGGUCCGUGGGCGCCCACGUAUAUUCUCUAAACCCGCUGGUGCGCACCAGCGUAAGCCGCUUCAUUCUGCACGAGGAGUCGCCCUGCCGAAGGUACCGAGCUCCGAGUUGGAAGAACCUACUGCGGGCCACAAGUUGCGAGCGAGAAAUGGCUGUGGACAGCGUCGAGUGCCUAGACGCCAAGAGCGCCCAGGAGCUCCUCUUGACCGACGUGGCACCCUUCCUGGGACCAGUGACCUUCCCGUAUCGGAAGGACGAGCUCCUCGCUGACAAACAGGUCCUCAUCGGCGGCGCCCUGGACCAGGGAGCCACGCUCCUGGCAGACGUUCUCGCCCAGCCAGGCGUGAUGAAGAGGAGCACGGGCGGGAUUGACAUUGACGACGUGGUCCAUCAGCUGCUGAACGGCCCGCUCAGAACGCCAGCUCUCGAGGAGAUACAGCGGCACUACAAGGCCCAGGGUCUCAUCGACGACAUGGUAGCUGCCACGCUGCUCGAGGACCUGCUGCUUCUUUGUCCCACCAUUAAGUUCGGAGAAUAUCUGUAUAGAAGCCACGCCGAUGUGUACGCCUUCCUCUUCCGAAAUCCGGCCAAGCAGGGAAAGAAUACCCCAGACCAUGCAUUCCAAGACCUGGACUUUAUCUUCGGACUGCCUCUGAUAUCAGCACCGGAGUUGACGUCAGAAAGCGAGAAGAACCUUAGCAGGUUUCUCAUUCGCACCUGGGCUACGUUCGCCACAACGGGUGUUUUGCCCAAAGUCGGCCAAAAAUCCUGGCCUCCACUCUUCGGCAGUGCAGCGGGAGCGUCUAUGCACGUGCUCAUUCAAACGACGGGAGACCUUGAGGUUGUGAAAAACUUUGGUAGCGACGUUUGUCAGAUGAUUAAUAAGCUAAAUAUUAGGAACAUGAAAAGCCUCUGUGAAUGAGCGCUUGGCAAAUCGGACAACGUUUUAUAAACGAUGAAAUAAAACGACACUUUCUAUUGUAUUUAUAGAAACCAGGAUGAUAAAAGUUGUUCAAAACUUUAUCUUAGAAAUACAUAGUUUAA